UUCCACAAAGAUUUCUCAUCCCUCACUUUGCAUUAUACUAUUAAAAGAAAAAAAUUAAGUACCAAUUUUAAGCAAGUUGUCUAAAAUGCAAGGUGCUUAUCUCCUUUCGUCCUUUGUCGUCUUGGCUUUGGCCUCCUCCUUUGUCUCUGCCUCUGACCCCGACCCUGUUCAGGACUUCUGUGUGGCCUUAAAUGACAGCGAAACCGGUGGUUUGUUUGUGAAUGGAAAGUUCUGCAAGGACCCCAAGGACGUCAGUGCUGACGAUUUCUUCACCUACGGGUUCGACGUGGUUGGAAACAUAUCAAAAAAACUUGGCUCAGCUGUAACCGCAUUCAAUGUCGAGAAGAUACGAGGACUCAACACUUUGGGUAUAUCCUUGGCUCGAAUCGACUUUGCACCAUAUGGUCUAAACCCUCCACACACUCACCCUCGAGCAACCGAAAUCCUAGCAGUUUUAGAGGGAACAUUGGAGGUUGGUUUUGUAACAUCCAACCAACCAGAUGGAAGCAACAAACUCUUCACUAAAAUCCUCAACAAAGGAGACGUGUUUGUGUUCCCAGUUGGUCUCAUUCAUUUCCAGUUCAACAGGGGAGAUUGCAAUGCUCUUGCUUUUGCUGCUCUGAGCAGCCAAAACCCAGGAGUUAUCACUAUUGCUGACGCUGUUUUUGGAUCAGACCCUCGUAUCAAUCCUGAUGUUCUCACCAAGGCUUUCCAAGUUGAUAAGAAUAUUAUUGACUAUCUCCAGAAGCAGUUCUGGGAAGAUAACAAUUAUUAGACCCUUAUUAUAUAAUAUGAAGCAACCAUGGAUUAAUACACUAUCCUUAUGUACUUUUCCAUUUAAUAAGGUUUGCUACGUCUUGCAGUCAUUGUAAUAAAAAUAUAAUCUAUGAAUAAAUGUAGAAGGGUCGACCUAUGGAUGCCUUUUUCUAUAAUUGUUUUGGCUAUUACUAUAUAUAUAAUAUUGUUCUAAUUAUGUCUUAA